CCCCGAACAGGGGCCGGAGAGGAGAGAAGACCUGGCUGGGGCUGGGGGGAGGUCUCUGUACCAGGACAGGAAACACUACAGGGAUCUCAAAACCCAAGGCCUGCCUCAUGGGGGCACCCCCACACUCAUCUGCCCAGGCCCACAAUGCUUCAGGGCUGGAACCCCCUAAAAAGGAAAGGCCCCUGCUCUAUCCCUGUCCCCUGUGCCAGCCUAUGCCCCUGCACUGGGGUUGGAUCUGGGCAGGCACCUUCUAGAAGGGAAAGGCUUCUGGAAGUGGCCUCAUGGCAGGGAGGGGGCUGGAUUGUCCCACACUUGCCCCAGCCCAGCCCCAGCCUCUUCAGGGUCCCCGAAUCCCCCACACCCCCUCACUUCCACAGCCCUGUAUCCCCUGGGGUGCAGCAGGGCAGUGCCCAGACAUGCAGCAACACACCUAACCCCAAUUAAUACAAGCCCCUGAGUGGCUCAGACACAUGCACCACACACCUCAACACAUCCAUCCACCAUUGACCCACCUGCAGUCCAUGGACACACAGUGACAUCCAUUUUCCAUGUGUGCUCCCCUGCUACACCCCAGCACCCUCCCUGACAUGAGGCCACUGCUACAUCCUCCAUGCACCCAUUCAUCACACAUAUCAAUGUGCACAUGCACACACACAUUUCCAUCACAUGCACCUCCACCAUGUGCAUUCACCCACCCAAACACACCCUCCGCAGUAUGCAAAUACAUAUGAGGUACAAACACACGUGUGCAUGUCUCUGAAAUAUACAGGUACACACAGCAUACGCACACACAACUCUCUGAAAUACACAAUUACAAAUAGUUUGCCUGCACACCUCUGCAAUGCACAAGUACACACAGCACACAACGCUCUCCAAUACACAAGUGCACACAGCACACACAUACGUACCUCUCUGCAAUACACAAAUAUGCACAGCACACACACCUCUCUCAAAUACACAAGUACACACACACACCCUCUACAAUAUGCAGACACAUACAAGACACAAACACAUCUCUGCAAUGUACAAGCACAUGUAACAUGCACACAUAUGCCUCUCUCUGCAAUAGUUAUAUACAAUGUGCCUGCACACACGCCUCUGCAAUACACAAGUAUGCAGUGUGCACAUACAAACCUCUCUGUGAUGCACAUGCACACACACAUCUCUCUGCAAUACAGAAGUAUACAUAGCACGUGUGCAUACACACACCCCUCUCUGCAAUACACAAGUACACACAGCACACACACACACACACACACAUAAAACCACUAAACACCCACCCUGCACUACAAGGAAACAUCAACAUGAACAUUAACCCACCACACACUGCAUAGCAGAUGCGCACACACACACACACACACACACACACACAUAUACAUGCACACACCUGCCCGCAACCACAAACACCUCUAUGAGCAAUGUACAGACACCCCUUUCCCCCACCACCACCUCCCUGAGCCACCUCAGCAAGUCUGUGCCCCAGACUGGUAGUUAGGAAAGUCUGCCCUCACCCCCCACAGCUGUGGGGGGCAGGCAGUGGCACCCAUGGGCAGGUGGGGGGGCAUGCAGGCUGGGACAGGCCCACCCCACCUGCGGGCAGACCUCAGCGGCUUAUAACCAGGCCCUGCCUGGGUGACACAUCAGCCCCACACCAUGGGGCUGCCUGCUGCCCUGCUCCUGCUCCUGCUCCUGCUGGGGUUCCAGCCCCCCACCGCCCAUGCCAGGACCCUCCGCUUCAUCACACUGAUGUAUCGCCAUGGCGACCGGGCCCCCAUGGACACCUACCCCAGUGACCCCCACAAGGAGGGGCCCUGGCCCCAGGGCUUCCGGCAGCUCACUCAGGUGGGGGUGGAACAGCAGCGUGAGCUGGGCCAGUUCCUGCGGCAGCGCUAUGAGGCCUUCCUGAGCCCCCACUACCACCCCCAGGAGAUCUACGCCCGCAGCACCGAUUAUGACCGCACGCUGGCCAGCGCCCAGGCUAACCUAGCUGGGCUGUACCCACCCGGAGGUGCCGGGCCCCCCAACCCCGCCUGGCAGCCAGUGCCUGUCCACACUGUGCCAGCUGCACAGGACAGGCUCCUGCGCUUCCCACUGCAGCCUUGCCCACGCUACCAGCAGCUGAUGGAGGAGACCACCCAUUUGCCACAGCAUCAGGCCCGCAUGCAUGCCUGGAAGGUGCUUGGGGGGACUUCCCCAUCAUCACCUCAGCCAGGCCUGGCACCCCCUUACGCAUCCCCAUCUCCACAGGGGUUUCUGGAGGACAUUGCCAACCUGACAGGGCUGGGACUGGAAUGGGCAACACCGCGUGGCAUCUGGAAGGUCUACGAUGCUCUCCGCUGCCAGCAGAUCCAUGGCCUGCAGCUGCCAGCCUGGGCCACACCGCGUGUCCUGACCACGCUGGGUGAGAUCAUCGCCUUCGACACUCUGGCGCAUGUGGGGCUGUACCAGGUUGCUGAGAAGGCCCGGCUCACAGGAGGGGUGCUGCUGGAUGCCAUGCUGCAGAACUUCUCCGAGGUGACACGCCGCAGCCUUCCCCUCCGGAUGGUGAUGUACUCGGGGCAUGAUAGCACCCUCAUUGCCCUCCUGGCGGCCCUGGGCCUGUACAGGGGGGAGCUGCCUCCCUAUGCCGCCUGCCUUGGCUUUGAGUUCUACCAGGAGAGCAACAGCACAUUCAGUGUGGGCCUGUUCUACCGCAAUGAGAGUGGGCGUGACUUCCUCGAGCUGGUGCUGCCCGGCUGCCCCCCGCCUUGUCCUCUGGAGCGCUUCACCCACCUCACCCAGCCUGUCCGCCCCACUGACCGGGCACGGGACUGCGGCUGUGCCCAGCCCCCACAGGGCACAGGGGACACUGUACCAGCGCUGGCUGUGACUGUGGCAGUGCUGGGGUUGGCAGUGCUAGGCCUGGGCAUCCUGCACUGGCACCAACAGCAAAGGGAAGGCAGUGCCUGAAGAUGCUGCACAAAUGGGCCAGGAUUGGGAAGGUGGGGGGACAAAAGUUGCAUUCAAUACCUCACCCCCAAUAAAGCUGAAUGCCCCUGACACCUGUUUUGAGUUGCUGUCCCCCACUCUGCCCAAGACACCAGGUAGGGUGAAGCUACUAAAUUCCUGGGCCCUGCCCUCUCCUGGCAUGGCCGUGUAUACUCCACCCUGCCUGCAUUCAGUGCCCUCCCCUCUCACUUAUAAAGAUACCUAGGUGUCUAGGGAGAACCUCUCUGAACCCUAGGGCCUGACCAUGGUCUAAGCCUCGCUCACUGGUGUGUACAGGAACCCCCUUGGGUGCUCAGCUAAUACAUGCCCCAUUGGAUCAGAACGUGGACCAGCAUUAGGGUCAGGGAUAUAUGGCCCCCUGCAUCAGGGUGGCAGGAAAACUCAUGCGGAUAGGCAACUGAGGUUGAUGUGGGCCCAGCCAACCCACAGCUGUUCUAGAGCUACCUGCACUUCCCCAGUCAGGCACAAUUCCUCCUGUCUCCCCAUUGCUGGGGCACAGGAAGGCCUUUCCCAAGGGAGGAGUCUGUGAACAAGGGGGUGGGGCCUUUAUCAGCUCAUCUAAGUGUCACUAGGCACUGCCCUAGCUCCUCCCGCCGCCCCACUCAGCUUCCAGUGCCAAGGACUACUGCACAGCUGCACUGGGCAGGAGGUUCCAGUAAUGGGGUGUUCCAAACACUAAUCACCCUUUUUUGCUGUGCUGGGCAUCAUCUCAUUCCUCCUCCCAGACUCUGAUCCCAGCAGAUCAAUCUGAAUCUCUCCAUUAGCAAUGAGAAGUAGGGAAUUGAGAUGCAUAAACCAAUAAUCACACCCAACGCUAGUAGGCAACCCCAGGAAAGUACAACGGUCACAGGUCUUGACUCAGUUUCCCUGCUUCCUGCUCACUGGGCCAAGAGGUGCUCUCAGAGAAACGGAAUCUGAACAGUAUAAAAACUGCUUCACACAAAGGCCCGGGGGUGGGAGUCUGGAACUUGUCUCAACUAUGAGGACAGAUUCUGAGGGCCCCAAGACAUCCAGUGAGUACAUCUGUGUAUUCUCUGCUCCAAGUAGCAGCUCUUGGUAAUGUUGACCAAUUGAUGAUAUCCCAAUACAUCCAUGUGUAAGUGGGAACUUGCUUUGGCUUCUCCAGAUAAAAAUAAAAGCCCCCAGUUAUCCUAGGGGCUUUUGUAUUACAGCCCCUCUAAGGUGCUGGGUGCCCUGAUUCACAGCCACAUAAAACCACCACUGG